AUUGGAUAAAUUUUUUGGGUUGGGCUAUUCUUCCUCAAUUAGUGACAAAUUGGAUUCAAAGUAUUUAUUACAGAAUAUUUUAUUAUGCCGGUGCGAACAUUCCAAAACCUGGCCAACCGAAAUAUGUGAUACUUCGAAAAAGAAUAUUCGUCAUAGUAGUUCUGUCAUAUUUGAUCUACACAAUUGUAGAUGUUAUUUAUUCAAUAAAACCUAAUUAUUAUGACGAACUUAAGAUUAGUCAAGACUUCACGAUCAAAGAGAUCAAAGCUAACUUUAGAAAACUUCAACUUGAAUACCAUCCUGAUAAGAAUCAAGAAGAAGGCGCACAAGAAAUCUUUAUUUGGUUACGUGUUGCUUACGAUACUCUAACAGAUCCCGUCAAACGAUUCGCAUAUGAUAGAUUUGGCGCGGAAAUUAACAAUUGCAACAAUUGUAUCACAUUACGCGAUUACCUUGUUAACGGGUUGACAUCCUUUUUUGGCUUUUAUAUAGGAACAGGCCUUGUUCUAUUCAUCUUAAACGUAUUAGGCAAAGGUCAAUUCGGUCGGUUUUGGAGACUUGUCGUAUUUCUUGCCAUAGCCUGUUUUGAAGCUUCCAUGAUUUUACAUCCAAAACCUCCUGUUAUUACUUCGUUAUUCUUGUCGAGAUGGGUCAUUUUCGAACAAAUCAUUAUUUUACGUCAACUUUUUAUUACAAUAUUUAUAGCUCUUUCCCAAAUUGGGCCGGUGCUGUUUCCUUCUGACGAAAUAAUAAUUAGACCCUCACUUGCAAAUCUUGAAGCCUUUAGCAGAGUUGCAGCCGAAGGGUCCAAAAAUCAGCUUCGAUUAGGCUUUCAACCUUUCCAGGGAGACAUUUCUGCGCAGAAACAAUUAGAAAAAAAGAUGGAGAGUUUAUUGGUAGAGACUUAUUUAUAUCAGAAUGAUCCAGAAUUAAAUAAGAUGUACAGCCAAGUUUAUCAACGGGUGGUUCGUAGUAAAAACCAGUGA